AUGUUCCUUUUCCUGGCGCUGCUCGCCAAGCUUGGAACGCUGCCGGCCUGCCUGGGUGCGGAAGGAAUACUGCUGCACCUCACAGUGCCCCGGAAGAUAAGGCCAAGUGGGAGGGAAGUGUCAGAGGAGCAAGUGUUUUAUAGUGUUGCAAUUGAUGGGAAACCAUUUACCUUGCAUCUCAGAAAACACUCAUUCUUAUCCCAGAAUUUUUUGAUUUAUACAUAUAAUGAAACUGGAUCUUUGCAUUCUGAGUCUUCAUAUUUUAUGAUGCAUUGUCAUUACCGAGGUUAUAUUGCUGAAUUUCCAAAUUCUGUUGUGACCCUCAGUGCCUGCUCUGGCCUCAGGGGAUUUCUACAGUUGGAAAAUAUCACCUAUGGAAUUGAACCACUGGAAUCUUCACCAAAAUUUGAGCACAUCAUUUAUCAAAUGAAAAAUGUCAAUCUAGAUGUUCCCAUGUUAGUAGGAAAUUAUGGCAGCAUUUUUCAGAAUGACCAGCUCUAUAAAAUUCACUUAAGCUAUCAGGAAAAAGCUCCUUCAAAACUAUUACCCAAGUGUCUACAAAUGCAUAUCAUUGUUGAAAAAGCUUUGUAUGAUUACAUGGGCUCUGAAAUGAUGGCUGUAACACAGAAAAUUAUCCAGAUUAUUGGGCUUGUCAACACUAUGUUUGCCAAUUUCAAAUUGACUGUUAUACUGUCUUCUGUGGAAUUGUGGUCACACGCAAAUCAAAUUUCUACCAGUGGAGAGGCUGAUGAUGUAUUGCAAAGAUUUUGGGCUUGGAAACAAGAGUAUCUGACCCUACAGCCUCAUGAUGUAGCACAUUUACUUAUUUACAGGGAACACCCUAAACACAUGGGAGCAACAUUUCCUGGCAAGAUAUGCACCAAACAUUAUGAUGCAGGUAUUGCUUUGUAUCCAGACUCUAUAAGUUUGGAGGGAUUUUCAGUUGUGAUAACUCAACUGCUUGGCCUUAACAUGGGAUUGACAUAUGAUGACAUCAAUAACUGUUCUUGUCCAAGAGCUUCAUGCAUAAUGCAACAGGGAGCUGUGAGUUCCAGUGGCAUAAAGAUUUUUAGCAACUGUAGCAUUCAUAAGUAUGCUCACAUCAUUUCAAAAAUUGAGACUAAAUGUCUUCAUAACAUUUCAAAUUUACAACCAUUAGAUCAAAAUCAGCCCAUUUGUGGAAAUGGAAUUUUGGAACCUGAUGAAGAAUGUGAUUGUGGUAUGGAAAGGGAAUGUCAAUUUAAAAAGUGCUGUGAUUAUCAAACAUGUAAACUGAAAAGCUCAGCAAAGUGUGGGUCUGGAGCGUGCUGUACCUUGAAGUGUGAGUUCUCAGUAGCAGGCACUCCCUGUAGAAAGAGCCUUGACCAGGAGUGUGACUUCACGGAGUAUUGCAAUGGAACUUCUAGUCACUGUGUUCCUGACACGUAUGCAUUGAAUGGACAUUUGUGCAGGAUGGGGUCUGCAUAUUGUUAUAAUGGACAAUGCCAAACCACUGACUACCAGUGCGCCUCAUUAUUUGGUAAAGGUGCUCAAGGGGCUCCCUAUGACUGUUUUAAAGAAGUUAAUUCUCCACAUGCGAGAUUUGGGAACUGUGGUUUUAAAAAUUCACAACCAUUACCUUGUAAUCCAAAGGACAUCCUCUGUGGAAAAUUAGCCUGUACCUGGCUGCAUAAACAUAUUCAUAAAAGUGCCGCCCGAUCUGCCAUUUACUCUUACAUUCACGAUCAUGUGUGUUUGUCUCUAACUCCCGGGUCAUCUGUGAGACCAGAUGGAAAAGACAAUGCCUUUGUGGCUGAUGGCACUGUGUGUGGACCUCAAAUGUAUUGUAUCAACAAAACCUGCAGAGGAGCUCAUUUAAUGGGAUAUAACUGUAAUGCCACUCAAAAAUGCAAAGGAAAUGGGAUAUGCAAUAAUUUGGGGAAUUGCCACUGCUUUCCUGGCCAUCGGCCUCCAGACUGUGAGCUCCAGAUUGGCUCACCAGGGGGCAGUGUCGAUGAUGGAAAUGUGCAGAAAUCUGAUGUAUUUUUAAUUAAAAAAGGCUUCAGUAAGCAUCGGGACAACUGGCUCAUUCUGAGCUUCUACAUUUUCCUGCCAUUCUUCAUAACUUUUGCCAUUAUGAUCAUGAAGAGACAUGAAGCAAGAAAAAUCAUGCAGCAGAGGGAACACAGAGUAUGA